UGAGCCCUUCCGGCACCCGUCGCGCCGGAAGAGCACUCUGCGGAAAAGGGCGGGUUCCGCAUGAGAAGGCGGCUGAUUUGAAAAGUGACAGCGGUUGGUGUUUUUUGGUUGAUUGCUUGGCUACUAUCUGCUCUUCCCGGAGCUUCUGGGACCGCAGGAGGAGACUCCCACAAUGGAAACCUUGUCAUUCCCCAGAUACAAUGUAGCUGAGAUUGUGGUUCAUAUUCGCAAUAAAUUACUAACAGGAGCCGAUGGCAAAAACCUCUCUAAGAAUGAUCUUUAUCCAAACCCAAAGCCUGAGGUCUUAUACAUGAUCUACAUGAGAGCUUUACAAAUAGUGUAUGGGGUCCGGCUGGAACACUUCUACAUGAUGCCAGUGAACGCAGAAGUCAUGUACCCACAUAUAAUGGAGGGCUUCUUACCAGUCAUCAAUUUAUUCUUUCAUCUGGAAUCCUUUAUGCCCAUCUGCCGCGUGAAUGACUUUGAGAUUACUGAUAUUGUGUAUCCAAAAGCAAAACGGACAAGUCGGUUUUUAAGUGGCAUUAUCAACUUCAUUCACUUCAGAGAGUCUUGCCGGGAGACGUAUGCAGAAUUUCUUUUGCAAAAUAAAUCCCCUAUGGACAAAAUGCAGCAGUUAAACAGUGCGCACCAGGAAGCAUUGAUGAAACUGGAGAAACUUGAUUCGGUUCCAGUUGAAGAGCAAGAAGAGUUCAAGCAGCUUAUGGAUGACAUUCAAGAGCUGCAGCACUUGCUGAACCAGGAGUUUAGGCAGAAAACGACAGUGCUGCAGGAAGGAAAUGCCCAAAAGAAAUCUGAUAUUUCUGAGAAAACCAAGGGUUUGAAUGAACUAAAGUUGUCAGUGGUUUCUCUGAAAGAAGUUCAAGACAGCUUGAAAAGCAAAAUUGUGGACUCUCCAGAGAAGGUGAAGAACUAUAAAGAGAAGAUGAAAAACACUGUCCAGAAGCUCCGGAAUUCUCUGCAAGAAGUGAUGGAGAAGUAUGAAAUCUAUAGAGACUCUGUGGAUUGCUUACCUUCUUGUCAGCUGGAGGUGCAGUUAUAUCAAAAUAAAAUACAAGACCUUGCAGAUAACAGGGAGAAGCUAAGCAAUAUCUUAAAGGAGAACCUGAACUUGGAGGACCAGAUUGAAAGUGAUUCAUCAGAACUAAAGAAACUAAAGACUGAAGAAAAUUCCCUCCGAAGACUGAUGACUGUAAAGAAGGAGAAGCUUGGCACCACGUGCUUUAAAAUGAACAAGAAGCGAGAGGACUGGGGGCAGUACAAGCGGACAGUGAUCGAAGGCUGCAAUAAAGUUCAAGAAGAAAGAGGUGCUGUCUGUGAGCAAGUGACCACCAUUAAUCAAGAGAUCCAGAAGAUUAAAUCUGGGAUUCAGCAACUAAAAGAUGUUGUGAAAAAGGAGAAACUGAAGUCCCAGGAAAUCUUUGUAAACUUGAAAAGUGCUCUGGAGAAGUACCAUGAGCGCAUUGAGAAGACAACAGAGGAGUGCUGCACCAAAAUAGAAGAGAAGACUGCAGAGCUCAAGAGGAGGAUGUUCCGAGAAUGUUCAGCACAGGCUGCCCUCCAGUAAACUGCCUUUCAUUCCUGUUUGCUUAGUUACAGUGACGCUAAUAGAAGUACCAGUGAUGUCAGCUAACUAAUGUGGAUGCCGUUGUUUCCCAUUUGUCUUUGGUGUCCUUUUCUAUGUGAUGUGCUUCUUGUGUUGUUUUCUUGGUGCUGGGGAGAGAACUCAGGGCCUUGUAGGCUACACUGAACUGCUUCCCCAGGUUCCAACAUGCCAUGUAUUAUAGGCUUUUUUUACAAUUAAAAUAACUUGUACAGCUUUUAUGUCCCUAAUUAUCUCUUUUUGUAUGUACUGGUUGGAAUAAAUAGAAACUGUUAUUGUA